AUGCAGCCCCUGUGGCUCUGCUGGGCACUCUGGGUGCUGCCCCUGACCAGCCCGGGGGUGGCCCUGACCGAGGAGCAGAUCCUGGGCAGCCUGCUGCAGCAGCUGCAGCUCAGCGAGGUGCCCGUCCUGGACGAGGGCGACGUGGAGGAGCUGGUCACCCCGGCCCACGUGGGGGCCCAGUACGUGGCCCUGCUGCAGCGCAGCCACGGGGCCCACUCCCGAGGGAAAAGGCUCAGCCCGAACUUCCGGGAAGGCUGUCCGUCUGCUCUGCGCCUGAAGCCCCAGCCCUUGGCUCAGGGUCCCCAGCUGACCGGCCAGCGGAAGGGGGAGGUCGCCGGCGAACAGCCCCACUCCAGACGACUGCUAGCUCCCCUGGCGCCCGCAGAGGCCCCUGACCCGCUCGUGUCCCCAGAGGUGGCCGGCCGGCUCCUGGCGUCCGAGGAGAUGUACCUGGACCUGCAGGGGAUGAAGUGGGCUGAGAACUGGGUCCUGGCCCCGGGGCUUCUGGCCUAUGAGUGUGUGGGCACCUGCCAGCAGCCCCUGGAGCCCCUAACCUCCAAGUGGCUGCUUCUGGGGCCGCGGCAGUGCAUCGCCUCGGAGACGACCUCGCUGCCCAUGAUUGUCAUCCUCCAGGAGGGAGGCAGGCCCAGGCCCCAGGUGGUCAGCCUGCCCAAUGUGAGGGUGCAGAAGUGCAGCUGCGCCUGGGACGGGGCGCCCGUGCAGAGGAAGCUGGAGCCGUAGGUGCGGGUGUAGCCACUGAGGUCUUGGCUUCCGUGUGUGUCAGAAGUGUCCUGGGGCACCAGGAGAGACGGCGAUUGCUGCACUGCUGAUGGGCAAAUGCCUGUGCUCUCUCCUUGGUGCCGAAUUUGCUUCCUCUGACCAGUCAGCUCCCCUC